UUCAUGGAUAUCCUAAGCACUUAGUCAGAACUGGCGGCCCCACACGCGACUUUCCAUGCAAUCAUCAGUCAUCACUAUCUCAGCUCAUCACCAAGGACGGUUGAACUUGAACCCACAAAAAUGGCAGAAAUCAAAGCCGAUACGAGCCACCACCAGAGCCUAAUCGUGUCGGAACGUGAUGUUUCCGACCCCAAGGCAUCCAAAUCGAAGCGCCUCGCUUCCCUGGACAUCUUUCGUGGCCUCACCGUCUCGUUGAUGAUUCUGGUUGACGAUGCGGGUGGAGAGUGGCCAGUGAUUGGCCAUGCGCCAUGGAACGGCUGCAAUCUUGCAGACUUUGUGAUGCCCUUCUUCCUCUUCAUUGUGGGCAUGGCCAUUCCUCUUUCUCUCAAGAGAAUACCGGACCAAUUUGUGGCUGUCAAGAAGGUGACUCUUAGAACUCUGAAGCUACUGUUUUGGGGUCUCCUAUUACAAGGAGGUUACUCACACGCUCCUGACAAACUAACAUAUGGUGUCGACGUGAAAGAAAUAAGGUGGUGCGGUAUUCUCCAGAGAAUUGCUCUUGCAUAUCUGGUUGUGGCACUGAUUGAAAUUGUAUCGAGAGGUGCAGAAACCAAAGAUAUGGCACCCGGCACGUUCUCCAUAUUCAAGUUGUACUAUUGGCACUGGCUUGUAGCUGCAUGUGUUCUCGUUAUUUACUUUGCUGUGAUUUAUGGGGCAUAUGUUCCUGAUUGGCAAUUUACUGUCCAGGACAGAGAGAGAACCGAUUAUGGGAAAAGUUACACCGUAGCUUGUGGUGUGAGAGGAAAACUAGAUCCUCCGUGUAAUGCAGUAGGAUAUAUUGACAGAGAAGUGUUGGGAAUCAGUCACAUGUAUCAGCGUCCGGCUUGGAAACGAUCCAAAGCUUGCACUGAGAAUUCUCCAUAUGCAGGACCAUUCCGAAAUGAUGCCCCAUCAUGGUGCCGUGCUCCUUUUGAACCUGAAGGAAUUGUAAGCUCUAUAUCUGCAAUUCUUUCCGCGAUUAUUGGAGUGCAUUUCGGACAUGUGCUUAUACAUAUGCAGGGUCAUCCAGCCAGACUGAAGCAUUGGGUUCCGACAGGCUGUGCUCUCCUCGCCCUAGGAAUUAUUCUUCAUUUCAGUCAUGCAAUUCCUUCAAAUAAACAGCUGUACACAUUUAGCUACGUAUGCAUAACAUCGGGAGCGGCAGCCUUGGUGUUUUCAGCCUUCUACCUUAUGGUUGAUAUCUGGAGCAUAAGGUACCUGUUCCUGCCGCUGGAAUGGAUCGGCAUGAAUGCUAUGCUUGUCUAUGUCAUGGCAGCUGAAGGCAUCCUCGCAGGAUUCAUUAACGGGUGGUAUUACAAGGACCCCCAUAACACGCUUGUGUACUGGAUUCAAAAGCACGUCUUCGUCGGGGUUUGGCAUUCGAGGAGAGUAGGCAUUCUACUCUACGUCCUCUUUGCGGAGAUCUUGUUUUGGGGCAUUGUCGCCGGCGUUUUGCAUCGGCUGGGCAUAUAUUGGAAGCUUUGAAUGCUUCUGUUAGUAUCUGAAGAAGUGUGGAAGGUCGAAUAAUUAGCAGUUUAGCAUGAAAUAUUUUGUACAUAUGAUUGGAUAGCAUUGGCCCUUGAAUUGUAAAUUUUCUUGUAAACAUAAGUGCCAUCCUAUUGACGAGGAAAUUGUAACUCAAGUAGUUAACAGUAUUUAUCUUAGAAGUUCUAAGUUUGAUUCCCCUCA